AUGCCAUCGGUCAUCCUCAUCGCGGACGAGGCAUUGACGCUCGACGAAUAUGCACAUGUCUGGGAGGCGGUCUGUCGUUGCGUACGCCAAGGCUCUACAGCUGAUUUAAUGGGGCUAUUCUCCUCUUUCGUUAGACCGCUCGACAUCAAGCCCUUCUUUUCCAAAGCAGGACUACCAUGGGAAGGUAGAACAUAUGUUCGGACAACAUUGACGAUCAAUCGAGCAGCAACUGGGGACGAGUUAGCUGCGAGGCUGCCACCAUCCUACAGCCAGAAGGCUGUGUUCAUCAAAAACGUCGCUCAUUCGGACAGAUGGUAUACCACGGAUGCCAGUUCUGUCGUUGAACCACGAGUCUUCGGACCGUCCCCUGCGCAUAACCCAGGUCAAUCGCCGGUGAUAAUGGCUCGGGUUGGAAUGGGAAGACUGGGGUAUGUGGGAGAUUGCAAUGCCGAAGAGGAAACAGAUGCUGUUAUUCUUGCUAUGUGUGGGCUCCUUGGGUAA